AUUUACCUUCCUCCACUCCUUUCCACAUCCUCCAUGCAGGCCUCGGUAUCUGCCCUACGCGCUGCCACUAAAAGGGUGUCCCGCCCUCAUACUAGGGCAUUCUCUUCCACGCUUCCAGCUUUCCAGGCAGAGCCUUUGCAGAAGCCGAUUCUGAACAAAGAGUUCAAGAUUUACCGUUGGAACCCAGAUGAACCUUCCAAGAAGCCGACCUUGCAAUCAUACACAAUCGACCUUAACCAGUGUGGACCUAUGAUUCUCGAUGCUCUUAUCAAGAUUAAGAAUGACAUUGAUCCAACCUUGACCUUCCGACGAUCAUGCAGAGAGGGGAUCUGCGGUUCUUGCGCAAUGAACAUCAACGGGCAAAACACUCUUGCAUGCCUUUGCCGAAUUGACAGAAAUAGCUCCAAAGAUACCAAGGUUUAUCCUCUUCCUCACAUGUAUAUUGUGAAGGAUUUGGUACCUGACUUGACACAGUUCUAUCAGCAAUACAAGUCGAUUGAACCCUAUCUGCAAAAUGACAAUCCUCCUGAGAAGGGCGAAUUCAUUCAGUCUCAAGAGGAUCGUCGUAAACUUGAUGGGUUAUAUGAAUGUAUCCUGUGUGCCUGUUGUUCCACUUCUUGCCCAUCGUAUUGGUGGAACCAGGACGAAUACCUUGGUCCCGCUACAUUGAUGCAAGCUUACCGGUGGAUUAUUGAUUCCAGGGACGCGAAAGGUGCUCAACGCAAGGAGAAGCUACAGAAUGAGAUGAGCAUGUACAGAUGUCACACUAUUUUCAACUGUGCGCGAACUUGCCCUAAGGGACUCAACCCGGCGCGUGCCAUCGCCGAGAUCAAGCUCCAGUUAGCAGCGGAUUAGGG